GAGCUAUCGUUCAACUUCAGCGGUGUUGCACUCUCAUUACUAGGGAUGAGUGUUUUAUUGCUCAGCUACAAUAAAGAAUCGUCAAUACGGAAUUAUAUAGCGCUAAACCAUCUACUCGUCACUAUCGCAUGGUCGUUUUGCCUGUUUUGGAGCCGAUUUUUCACUUCGAAUACGGUCUCCAAUCUGUUCAUCAACGAAUGGGGCCGUGGAACUGAAGACAUCGAAAUCGAAGCCCUCGAGGGUCAUUUUUAG